AUGACCCGAGUACAGAAUACAGAAGAAGGUAUAAAGCACAUUACGUGGUUGGUGCAUCCACUAUUGAGCGCAAUCGGUGCCUGGCCAACGAACGUUACAUCUUCUGUGACUUCGAAGAUACGAAUAUGGUUGUUGAUUCUCUUUAUUUACUCCAUGCAACUCGUGGUAAUGAUACCGAGUAUUAUGUACAUAAUUUUUAAAGUGAAAAACAACGGAACCCGGAUUAAGUUAAUCAUGCCCCACUUCAACGCCUUUUGCCAAAUACGAAAAUGGUUGCUGAUUCUCUUUAUUUACACCAUACAAUUCGUGGUCAUGAUACCGAGUAUAAUGUACAUAAUUUUAAAAGUGAAAAACAACGGACACCGGAUUAAGUUAAUCAUGCCUCACUUCAACGCCUUUUGCCAAGUGUGCAAAUAUACUAUCGUCUUACGGCGGCAUAACGAGAUUCGUCAGUUACUGGACGACAUAAGAAAUGAUUGGUUGAAUGCUACGGAAGAGGAUCAAUGGAUUUACAAAACCAGAGCCACCAUUGGACAUAGAUUGGUGAUAUCGUUCAUGAUCUUUUUAUACACCGGCGGUACGAGUUUGCGAACAAUCACUCCAUUUUUGAGAGAGAAGAUCGUUCUACCGAAUAACACGACCUUAAGACCUUUACCGUGUCCUGGUUACUUUUUCUUCAACGAGCAACUCAGUCCCAAUUACGAGAUCAUUUUUUUCGUACAAGUCUUCUGCGGAUUCGUCAAUUACACGACAUUAUCUGGAACUCUCGGGCUUUGCACGAUGCUUUGUCUACACAUGUGCAGCAUGCUGAGAAUCUUGGGGAAUAAAAUGAACAAGCUUUCGAAUUUGCCUAAGACGGAUGAAGACACUGUGCAGAAAGAAAUCGUGGAUAUCGUUGAGUAUCACGCGAAAUUCAAAGGAUAUUUCAAUCGCGCCGAACGUGUUACAUCCAUCAUUUACUCAUUGGUGAUCGCUGGCGAAGUCGUAAUGAUGUGUGUAUGUGGAUAUAGCCUAAUCAUGGUUGGAACAAACAAUUACAAAAAUGCUGCUAAAGGUGCAUUAUGUCACAACUUCUAUUUUCGUAAUCUGUUAAUGACCAUAUUUCAGGAAUGGGAAAAUAGCAAUACUGCAGUUUUAAUAACGUACUUUAUAUUGCAAAUGACAACCAUAAUCGGCACAUUCACGAAUUGCUACGUUGGUCAACUUCUUAUCGAUGAGUACUACGAUUUGCAUUGUGAAAUUUUUUUGUACCAGGGCAAUAUUGUUAAAAAGAUAUCUAAUACGUUAGACUGGCAUCAGCUUCCUGUGAAAAAGGCACUCUGUUUGAUCAUGAUUAUUGCUAUAUCGAAUAAUCCAAUGAGAGUCACAGCAGCAAAUUUAAUACAUUUGUCUCUAAUUACGUUUACUGAUGUGAGUAUUAGCAAAACUGUCGUCCACAGAAGUCUUUUAAAAGAACAUUUUCCGAAAGGAACAUAUUUACUUAAUUUUUCCUUAUCGCUCUUCUGCGCCAAAAGUGGAACAACUCGGAAAUGUUUGUUUGGAGAAACGAAAAUUUGA